AUGGAGCUUUGGAUCAACUACACUUCCCUCGUCAUCUUCUUUUGCUUCGUAUUCUUGAUACUAAACACAUUCAAGAGAUCAAAUACCAAGAAACCCACCAAGAAUUUUCCUCCAGGACCAAGAAAAUUACCUCUUAUAGGGAACAUAGAUCAGUUUGGUGGUUCCCUACCCCAUCAGACACUAAGAGACAUGGCAAACAAAUAUGGACCCUUGAUGCACCUCCAACUUGGAGAGUUAUCAAAUGUUGUAGUUUCUUCACCCGAAAUAGCUGAAAAGAUUAUGAAAACACAUGAUGUUAUCUUUUCAAACAGGCCCUUUCUUCUAGCUGCCACAAUUAUUUCUUAUGAUGCAACAAACAUUGGCUAUUCUCCUUAUGGAGCCUAUUGGAGGCAACUAAGAAAAAUAUGUACCAUAGAGCUAUUAAGUGCUAAGAGAGUUCAAUCAUUCAGUUACUUAAGGGAAGAAGAGGUGUCAGUUCUGAUCAGAACAAUCUCUGAAAAUGAAGGAUCGGUUAUCAAUCUAAGUAAAGAAAUUUUCUUAAUGACCAAUGCCAUAACAGCUAGAAGUAUUAUUGGUAAAAAGUGCAAAGACCAAGAAUCAUUCAUAUCAACUAUAGAGGCAGUAUUAAAUCUAGCAGGAGGUUUCUCUGUUGCUGAUCUCUAUCCUUCAAUCAAAGUGCUUCCAUUUAUUACUAGGAUUAGAGCUAAAUUACAAAGGCUUAGGAAUGAGAUUGAUAGGAUACUGGACAACAUCAUCAAGGAACACAAAGAAAACAAGAGGGGCCAUUGUGAAUCAGAGGAGGAUCUAGUUGAUGUUCUACUGUCAAUUCAGAAGCAAGAUGACCUUGGAUUGCACUUGACUGAUGACAAUCUCAGAGCUGUUCUUCUGGAUAUGUUCAUUGGUGGGAGUGAGACAUCAUCAACUACUAUAGAGUGGGCUAUGUCAGAACUGAUGAAGAACCCAAAGGUUAUGCAAGAGGCACAAGCUGAAGUAAGAAGGGUAUGUGGUAGCAAAGGAGAUGUUGAUGAGGCCGACACUCACCAACUAAAAUAUCUAAAUUCAGUUAUCAAAGAAACCUUGAGGCUGCACCCACCUCUUCCAAUGUUACUUCCAAGAGAAAAUAGUGAGAGUAGUGAAAUCAUGGGAUAUCAAAUACCUGCUAAGACCAAGGUCAUUGUCAACUUUUGGGCAAUUGGAAGAGACCCCAAGCAUUGGAUUGAGGCUGAAAAAUUCAAACCUGAGAGAUUUCUUGAUAGCCCAAUUGAUUACAAAGGCACAAAUUUUAAAUAUAAAUUCAUAGAACCUACAGAACUUGGACUGGAAAUAGUACUUUUUGAUCCAGAACCCGAGAGAACCUUCAGAAAUAGAAGAAGAAUUCAAAGGUUGAGAAACAUUACAAUGGAGGAGGUUGUAAACAAUGAUAACAAUGGAAAUCAUAAUCAUGAGCAUGAACAAGGACCGAAUGAAGGAAGAGGGCCAUCAUUGAAUGAUAUGGGUGCUCCCUUCAGAAAUGGUCCAGAACGAGGACCAUUCCUGGCUACCGGUGAUGCUAUCAUAAAUGUCAGAAAGGGUGAACUUUCCAUGAGUGUAAACGGAGAAGAAGUGAAGUUUAAUGUCAUGAAAGCAAUAAAAUUUGAUGAAGAUAACACUGAGGAAUGCUCUAGCAUUUCGAUCCUUGACUCGGUCAUAAGAGAAGAACAGCAGGAGCAUUUGCAGCCAGAGAUAGGCAUGAAGGACUUUGAAGAGCUGGAAGAAUACCUUGCAUCCAUCAGUUUCCACCAACCCCAGGGAAGGAAAGAAAGGGUCUUUGAAUCCUUAAACCGAUCAGAGCAGGAGCAAAGACCGAAACUGCCUUCAGUAGAGCAACCACCUACCUUGGAGUUAAAACCCUUACCUGAACACCUGAAAUACACUUAUUUGGGUAAAGACAACACUCUCCCUGUGAUUAUUUCUUCUUUGCUAACCCAUGAACAGGAACUUCAACUCACACAAAAGCUCAAAGAUUACAAAGAAGCAAUCGGCUGGACCAUGGCUGACAUCAAAGGAAUUAGCCCAACAAUUUGCAUGCACAAGAUUUUGCUCCAAGACCCUGACAGCUCAUCUGUAGAGCAUCAAAGGAGGCUGAAUCCCAAUAUGAAGGAGGUGAUAGUAAAUGGGUUGCUCCUGUACAAUGCGUUCCAAAAAAGGGUGGCAUUACUGUAG